CACGUCACCAAAUCGUCAUGUCGCAACUCUCUCUCUCUCUAUAUGGCUCUGCGAUAGGCUGGUCUACUUCUAGUCGCCGUCGGGAUGCAGUAGACAUAGACGUCCGGUCGCCGGACGUCCAGCCAUUUCAAGAUGGAAGAGUACACACAUGGUCAUCAAGCAGGGGACGGUCAAGCCUAUCACGAAGUCUCAGGCUUGCAAGAGUCUAGAUUGAUCGACGAGUUUCUGAAACCGAUUCCGGGGGAAACCAUUCUUGAUAUCGGAUGCGGUACUGGACACGCAACAUUGAAGGUGGCGUCACUAGUUGGAGAGUCUGGUCGAGUUGUUGGCGUAGACCCAGGCGAGAGUAGAAUUGACGUUGCUAGAGCAGAGCUAUUAAGGCAACCCAGCCUUGUGCCCAUUGUCACAUACAUGAAAGGGAGUGUCAAAGAGGCCAUGCCACUAGCUCCUUUUGAUGCCGUCUUCAGCAACGAUGUCUUUCACUGGUUUGAGCGAGCUGAUCGUCAAGCUAUCGUCACAGACAUCUACAAGUGUCUCAAGCCAGCUGGUCGUCUUGCUAUUUAUCUUCUAACUCCGCAAACUCAAGCCAAAUGUCUAGGAGUGGAUGCCUUUCAUCUUUCAAAGCCGACUAGCGACAUUGAAUCUGCCUCUGGGAUAAAAUUCGAUCCACCAGCUGUCUGGUCACACAUUCUCACGGAAGCUGGAUUUUUAGUGGAGGUGUGUGAGGAGAAAGAUGAAGAGGUAAAAGCUCCCAACAUAGAGGCAGCUCUUACAGGUUUAGAAAUAUAUGUUCCAAAAUUCAAGAUUCACCGACAGUUGCUUAGAGACAGCGACAUUGAAAUAUAAAAGGAAAAGUACAGAUCUGGAGAGAAAGAAGAAGUUGUGUUCUUUGAAAAAUAUCUCUAUAUCCUAGCAAAGAAGCCUCCAAUCUGAAAUGUAUGUCUGGAAUUUUCUGGAAGUUAACUACGCCUUGGACCAUGUUAUAGUACUGUACUAGCUGAGUAGUGGCAUAAUAUAGUAACUAGACUUAAAGGAACA